AUGGAGGAGGGACUUCCUAAAGAGCUCAUGCUCUUCUCCUUACCCCCUACACAAACAGGCGUCGAGAAGAUGUACUAUGUAGAUUGUCGACCUGUUUCUCAGGUAACAGGAAAUGGACCUAUUGAAUUUCAUAUUUCCGGUCAGACGAGAGACUACAUCUCGCUGAGCAAGAGCGCCCUCUACGUUAAAGCGCGUAUUGUCAAACAGGAUGGCACUGAUCUCGCCUCCGCAGAAAAAACGGCGCUGAUCAAUCUGCCGCUUCAGAGUAUGUGGAGUCAGGUGGAUGUGUCCUUACAAGGGAAACAACUCUCUGUGAAUUCCGGGAAUUACGCCUAUAAAGCGUAUUUACAGACACUACUCAAUUUUAGUCGCUCUACACAGAGAACGCAGCUCACGUCUAAGUUGUUCUUUUACGAUACACCCGUUGCCAUGAACGAAACAGACCCGGCCGGCACUAACAGUGGGCUAUACGAAAGAUACCAAUUUACUAAAGAUAGUCUGGCCUUUGAUAUGAUCGGACCGCUCUGCGAGGACGUCUGCCGACUCGAUAGUCUAUAUAUACUAAACGGUGUCGAUAUUGACCUGAAGCAGUACAGAAACAGACUCCCAUUCGUACUCAUGUCUGGUGCGAUAAACAAACAAUACCAGAUAGAAUUACAAGUCGUUUUUCCAGUAUGUCGGGUGCAGGUAAACCCAGGGGUACUGGUUGGACAUAACAAAGCACUAGAGGUCAGUCCUGCCAAGUAUCCGUACGUCAGAACAGAGGUCAAGGUCGCCACUGUACCUUCCGGUCAGAGUAACUUUAUUUGGGAUAACCUACACCAAUCGAAAUUACCAUCGAAAAUAAUUGUCGGUUUAGUGUCUGGCGAUGCCUAUUCCGGACGGUUUGAUAAAAAUCCAUUCAAUUUUCAACAUUUCAACGCCGUCAGUGUCGGUCUCUACAUUAAUAAUGCCAGCGUUCCCUAUCGUCCCCACAAAAUGGAUUUCAAUACUAAUACCGGACAGUGUUUCAUUACUGCAUUUCGCAGUUUAUACGAAGUCGCUGAUAAGGCGGACAGAGACACUGAUAACGCCAUAGACCGUGACGACUGGCCGCUGGGUUACGCCCUCUAUGGCUUCUUAUUCCAGCCUCAGUUUGGCGACGAACCUCAUAUGAGUUUGACCCAACAAGCCAAUGUACGACUGGAAAUCGUAUUGGCUAGAUCUCUAUCAGAAACUGUGUCGUGUGUUGUGUAUUCAGAAUUCAAUGACAUGUUUCAAAUCGACCAGGCUCGUAAUGUAAUCGUCUCCAGUGCAAUGUAG